CUGAGGCUACUCUGAUAUGCAUCUCAGUAGCCAGUUCUGGGAGGUUGCCAUUUAACUCUAGUUGCUAUAACACUUUCCAUAGCAACAAUAGGAUUCAGUGCAUUACCUGGAGUAGAGGUUGGAGCCAUAACACAGGACUGGAGAUAUUCUCUGGAAAACUCAGUGAGUGUAGGUUUUACACAACCUUCGGAAAGACUUGUGAGGGAGGCAGUUGGCUCCGAAUUCUGACUCCAUUUAAAGAAUAUCUCCCCGCACAGGGGAACCAAACAAAAACAAAAUGGAGGCAGUCAGACGCAGACAACUAUGAGGACUACUAACCUUCCACAAAAAUACCGGGGUGCAGAGCCACACACCAUCGCCACUGGACGCUUUUAGGCUGGCAGGAGGGCACACGGAUGGGGGGACAGGCACUUGCUGAUGGGGGCCAAGCUGAACAUCACUGAAGGCCCCAAAUAUGAGGGUGUGUUUGGGUGAAUACUUCAACAUCAGGAGCAAAGACCAGCCUUAAUACUCCCCAAAGUAUUCACCCUGGGGAGAAACCAUUAAGCCUCAACUUCGAUGAGCCAAUUAUACUUUUAAGGUAAGAGGUAGAGAAGCCUCAGAAGCCAAUGAUUGUGAUUCUUUGGAUAAAGACAAGAGACCAUUAGACUGUGCAACUUCUCCAACACCAGCAAAUCCUCACAUUGGAAAGAAACAUCUGUAUCAGACUCAGAAUCACCAUCAUUACAAUGAACAUUCCCAACUCCCACAAGGAACGUUCCUCAGUGGAACAAGAGUAUGAAUGCCCAGACUGUGGGAAGAUAUUCUUGAAGAAAAGGCAACUUUAUACUCAUCAGAAAAUUCACACUGAAGAAAACAAUUAUGUAUGUACAGAAUGUGGAAAAUGUUUCUCUCUAAAGAGAUAUCUAGUUGAACACCAGAAGAUUCACUCGGGAAUAAAACCUUUCAUGUGCACUGAAUGUGGUAAAAGCUUCUGCCAUAAGCAAAACCUUCAGCAGCACUUUAUGACUCACACGGGGGAGAGACAAUUUCCUUGCACAGAAUGUGGGAAAAGUUUCUCUCGAAGGAGUCAUCUAACCCAACACCAGAUGAUUCACACAGGAAUAAAACCCUUCGUUUGUACUGAAUGUGGAAAAACCUUCGCCCAGAAAAUAAAUCUUCAGCACCACUUUUUGACUCACACCGGAGAGAAACUCUUUCCUUGCACAGAAUGUGGCAAAUGUUUCAUUUCCAAGGCUGAACUCACGAAGCAUCAGAGAAUUCACACCGGGGAGAAACCGUUUUCUUGUACAGAAUGUGGGAAGGGUUUCAGUUUAAGGAAUCGCCUCACGAAGCAUCAGAGAAUUCACACGGGACAGAAAACGUUGCCAUUCAAUAGAUGUGGAGAAACAUUCUCUUCUAAGAAGAACCUUCCACCACAUAUGAGAAUUUUCCUACAAGAACGUUGUUUCCCUUGCACAGAAUGAGGCAAAGUGUUGUCCACAAAUAGAAUUGUUAUCAACCAUCAGAGACUUCAAACACAAGGAACUUUCACAUGUACAGAAUGUGUAAAACCUUGUGAUAAAAAUUUCCCUCCAGGCUCUUCCAUGUCAACAUUACCUAUUGGCUACGGACGCAUCUCAACAAGCACUCGCACUAACGUAGGCACUAAUGGAUUAUUUGUAUGGAAAACAUAUUACUCAAUAAAUGUUCUUUUAGUAACUUGUUUU